AUGCAUAAAUUAUUGAAAAUAUUAAAAAAAAUAAUUAUUAUAAUUAAUGUCAAACCUGUAACAGAAGAACUUGCAACUUUGUUUCUUGGCGACAAAAAUUAUACUUUUUUAUUAAAUAUGUCGCUGGCUGUGUUAAAAGGUUUUCCACAAAAUACUGAUGUAUUUAUUAAAUCUGUGCCCUUCACGAUAGGUCGAAAUCAAUCCGCUAGUUUUAUUAUUCUUAAUGUAAACAUAUCUAGACAUCAUUGUGCCAUAGUUUUUGAAAACUCGCAAUGGAAGGUAUGCGAUAGCAGUUCAUCAGGAACAUUUGUAAAUGAUUCAUUAAUCGGUAAAAAUCAAAGUGUUAAUCUUAAACAAGGGGAUGUCAUUAGACUUGGCCCUGUUGUUGAAAAUAGUAUCUCAUGUACUUUUUAUUCAUUAAUACCUGAAAACUUUCAAUUUGACUCAAGUGAAACUCAAACAAGUUUAAAUUUGUGUAAUCGUUUUGAAAAUGUUGACAACUGUAUGAGACAAAUAAGAAUUAUGGAAAAAGGUAAUGAAAUGAAUGUGACGGCCGAAACUAAUAAUUAUAAAAAUACCGACGAGAAAUUGAAUGAACCACUCUCAGUUAAUUUAAUGUCUAAUGAAAAUGAUAAAUCUUUUACUAAAUGUAAGGAAAUUUCAACUGAAAACAUUGAUAAAACAUACUGCUUUUUGUCAUAUGUUGACUGUUUAAAUUUAAAAAAAAAAUUGAUGGAUUGUGAAAACGUUCAAACAAUAUUAAAUGACUUAAAGUUGAAAAAUUUAAAUUUGAUGGAAAAGUUAUCAUCUGCAACAAGUAAAUGCAAUGAGGCUUUAUCACUUAAAUCAGAAGCGACUGAGAAAUUUACUGAAUUAGUCGAAUUAGAGCUUCAGUGCACUAUAUGCUCAGAGUUAUUUGUAAAUGCUGUAACCCUUGGUUGCUCUCAUAGUUUUUGUAAACUUUGUCUCAAACAGUGGAAAAAUAAACAAAAAACAUGUCCAAUAUGCAGGAAAAAAAUUUCUGUCGAAGCUAGAUCUAUUGUUUUGGAUAAUUACAUUGACAAAAUUAUUGAUUUAUUGCCUUCAGAAAUAAGGGAAAAAAGAAAAGACUUAAUUCAAGAGCAUGAAGUUAAAUUAUCAUCUUUCAGAAGUUGGAAAAAAAGAAAAUUAUAA